AUGACAAAAGUUCUCUGUACGAUUUGGUCUCUCCUUUUGUAUUUAUCAGGAAUAUCCAUUUUUCAACCGUGUUUAUACAACUUAGUGAGGGACAAUGAUGACGAAGAUGAGGCUGUCUUGACCGGACCGCGAUUAACCUCCUGUAUAUUUGUCUCUGGGGUUUACAUCAUCACCACCAACAUCUCGAUGCUUCCAUCGACGUUCAAAAAACCGUCGGCUUCAAUGCUCUGUCUUUAUGAGUUUUUUGCUACCUCAUUCAUUCUGGAUUUCUCCGCGACGUGCAUCUGGACUCCGAUUGAUGUGAUGAUAAUGACGAGACUCCCAAAAGCCAUUUGCCACACGUUGAACAGUCUGGAUUAUGAUGACGCCGCUGAAUGGAUCGUCUCGAAUCAAUUACCCAUGAUGGCCACGAGUUUCGGUAUGAGUGUCGCAUUUUUUUUGACGUCUAUUCAUGUGACAAGGGCACUGGAUUUAACGAUGUACAAUGAAUGUGGAACCCUCGACUUCGCGGAUUACGCAAGAAAGAGGCUCUGGCAAAGAAUCCUCUCCGAACUCCGAAAAGCCUCCCCCAGAGAAAGAUGUCCCUACAAAAGCCCCAUCGAAAGCCACCAGUCCUCCUCGAAGCCCAGCGGCCGAAAAAAACAACGGAGUAGAAGCCGAAGACGAAGUCCAUAA